AUGCGGAAGGCGGAAUGGCCCGGGUCAGGGGCACGAGCCGGCACACCACACACGGAUGUGAUACUCGAUCACCAUCGUGUGAAUGGAAACACUGAGCCUGACACUGACACGAGAGCUGAGAAACACAUCAUCAUCAUCACUCCUCAGAAGUGUUGGAAACCAGAAUCUGUCAUCAUUUCCUUGGUGUUCUCCAUAAUAUUCUUAGUCGGCACUGUUGGAAAUUGUUUGGUUCUCGCCGUACUUUUGCGCAACGGUCAAAUGAACACGAAGACGACCAACUUGUUCAUUCUGAAUCUGUGCGUCGCGGACCUCUGCUUCAUUGUAUUCUGUGUACCUUUGCAAGCGACCAUUUAUACCAUGGACGAAUGGGUGUUCGGUCCGUUUGUGUGCAAGGCAGUCCACUUCAUCAUCUACCUCACCAUGUACGCCAGCAUCUUUACGCUCACUGCCGUGUCCUUAGACAGGUAUCUGGCAAUUCGCUAUCCGCUUCGCUCGAGGGAGAUGAGAACUCCCAAAAAUGCUCUGACAUCUAUCUGCUUGGUGUGGGCACUGUCUCUGGUCUUUGCCGGACCCUACCUCAGCUACUACAGGGAAAUGGACCUGGACGGAACCACGGUUUGCAUCCCAGCCUGGGACGUGCACCACCGCCGGGCCAUGGACGUGUGCACCUUCGUCUUCGGGUACCUGAUACCCGUGCUGGUUCUGAGUGUGACCUACGCGCGCACCAUCCGCUACCUGUGGACCACCGUGGACCCCGUGGAGUACAUGUCGGAGUCCAAGCGCGCCAAGCGCAAGGUGACCAAGAUGAUCAUCAUCGUGGCUGCGCUCUUCUGCGUCUGCUGGCUGCCGCACCACCUCGUCCUCCUCUUCAUGUGGUUCGGCCAUUUCCCGCUCAACCACGUCACCUACGCGCUGCGCAUCCUCUCGCACCUGGUCGCCUACACCAACUCGUGCCUCAAUCCGAUCGUCUACGCGCUGGUGUCCAAGCACUUCCGCAAAGGUUUCCAAAAGGUGUUCAGCUGCGCGCUGAGGAGGCGCGUCGUCAACCGCGUCAACGUCGUGCCGCAAGUUCACACGGUCAGCUUGGCAGAAGCCGGCUCCAGUGAAACGUCUAACCUCAGCGAACAUGUGGCCAAGGCCAGGAAGACGAAUGGCACAAGUGGGAAAGUGGCCAAGGCCUUUGUCACGUUUAAUGUCACAUAGCGCCCCAGUGUUGUCUUUUGUUGUUUUGUAAUAAUCCCUCAAAUGCAAAGCAAAUGUUGCC